GUUGUGGUGUUCGCGCUCACACAUGAAGGUGAUAGCAAAUCGUUCGAUCGCAUCGAGCUCUCUAGCGCGGGUGGUGGUGGUGGUCGGGAGAAGCAGGAAAUCCGAUAGCAAUUUUGGACGUUUCGCGUCCCGUUGUGUGUCCGUGUUCAGUCAGAAAAGCAACGGUAGAAGGGUAUGGCACACACAGAAAGAGAGGAGAUAGAUGAUGCCGCGUAUGGUCCAGUGACGACGACGUCGGAGUGUAAGAUACGUUUUGUAGCUGGUUGUAGCGGCGGCCGCUUAAAGUCACCAACGAGGUCACUCCGAUGAGUCAGUUCAAGUGCGUUGAAGUGCAUGCACACGAUACGAGAGUUCCGCCGUGCCGCGAGAGAAGAAGGUGUAGAGUGUUUGAAGAUUCGAAGGGCCGCGCGCGAUUAGAAGCAGUGUUAGGAGCGUGGGAGAGACACGGGGUGGCGUGGCACAGCACCGCACCGGGAAACCGGGGGAAUCUCGUUCCACGCAGUCGCGCGCUACUGCCAGUGCAUGAACGCGGAGAGUUGAUGUGAUUUUUAUGAAAAUAAGCGUGCGUAUUUUUUGGACGUAGCAUUAAAUUGGGCAGAUGAGGACUUUUCGGGCCUUCAGUGUGUGUGCGCUGUGUGAAUCCCUGACACUUUGGGUGUGUGUGUUGUGAAAGUAAUGUGUGUAAGCCUUUCUAAAACGGAAAAAAGCGAACGGUUGUCUAUCUGCGGCCACCUGAAGAUGACAAGUAAUUCGAUUCCCUUUCGAACGUCAAACUGGCAAGAAAAUGCGUCCGUUUUGAGCCCUUUUUGAGCCUGCCAUUUUGCAGCCCUUAAAAUGACGGCUUGGAGCUAUCAAUCUGCUUAUCACGCCAACGGCAACGCGAGUGAGAAACAAUCCGUGGCGCGAGAUAAACCGUUUGCCAUUCACGCCAGCAGUUACAAUACGAAAUAGGUCCUAUCGGCAAAGAAGAGGAGGCAAUCGGCGCGAGAGUGUCAGUGUGCAAACGCAAAGAUAGUACGUGUUCGACCCCCGCUCGGUGGGGGGUGUAUUUUAUAUUAGCAGCAUUUCAGCACCAUCCACUGUACAGUCUGCCGCCCCCCCCAUCAUAAAACAGUUAAUUGUUUAUUUUUCGCGACGUGCAACAUGGUAGGAAAAUCCGGCACACAGUGUGCGAGUGCGCUAAAGCGUGUGUUCGAUUUUCUAAUGCCUCACGUGUACCGAAGGCGUUAAUAUGCAAACAACAAGCAAACAACCAUCAUCACCACCCACCCUCCCAUAGAGGGAGGCUUUUCGGCAUGACCGGUGGCGUACCAGCGUAUGAGGCUUUGAUUUUGCGUUCGCGUACGUGAUGGAACGUUUAAAAAUGAGUUUGAUUAAUUGGUGAUUAGUGCUUAAAUUAAAUUAACAUCAUCGGCGAGCAGGGAAGGGACCGAUGCUUAGUUGAGAAGGGUGGUGUACGAGAUUGAGCGUUUAUAAUUUGGCACCACCACUGCCCAACACCCUCGAACCGGGGCAGACAGAGAAUGUACUAGGCCUGCAAUGAACUUUGUGGCUCACUUCAACCAGGUGGUGGAAAACAACUAAAAAGAAAAAAAAAUGUUGUAACGAUAAAAUUGUGAUACACAUUAUGUAGUGUACAAGGGGCUCUAUCUUCUGUUUCAACGUUGGCAUGUGUUUGUUUGUAAAAUUACUCAAUCUUGUAACAGUGUAGAGCUAAAAGCGGGGCAAAAAACUACUCGCGACACGCCAACUCGAGUUAUGCUUUUAUUUAGUUUACCUGCAAAAUGUUAAAAAAAAAUAAACAAAAACAUGCAGCCACUCAAAGUCCAUCAACACGUGCGUGACCGUUUGUGAAUGAGUUCAAGCAUGAUUCGUUCACCCUGCGCAGCUGCUUCGUUAGAACGCUUUUUCGACAAAAGCGGCGGCGGCGGUUGGGGUCAUAGCUCCGGUCACAGCAGCAAACUGUCCGGCAUAAGCUUUCCGUUCUAAUAAUCAUGGCACAACGCCGGUGUGACAACAAGGCACAGCAAAAAAAAAAAGAAGCGAGAUCGCAACCGCGAGGUGGUUAUUUUAAAUGCAGCGCUUAAAGUACGCAGCAAACACGCAACGCGCGCGUACUCCCAUUGACAGGAUGAUUAGCAUAUUUUCACUUUUGAUUGCAGCGUAGAACGGUGACCGGUGGUAUGGUGCAAUCAGACUCCGGUGGUGAAGGUGAAAUUAAAGUACCGCCACGGGUAUUGCCAAAUGUGUCGCGUUCUAAAGUGGACGCGAUGGCAGGUGUUGCAACGCCGGCAAUAUCAGCUCACCGAGGUUGACUAUCACACGAAUGGUUUGAAGCUAGAGAUUGGCGUCUUACAGCUUAUCUGAUUGAGAAAGUGUUGCCUGAAUAAAAGGGAAAGGGCUGAACGUAGGCUUAAGGGAUUAAAGUAUUUCUGAAGGAUUAGGUUAGGUAACAUUCCGCUGCUGAUCUAAUCAAUCAAAUUAACCGCUUUCAGCGGAAGCCUAUUGACGUUUGGUACGACGGGCUGUCAUAGAAAUUUGAUCUCCAAUGCAGAGAUGUAACGCAUACUGCAGCCCUUUGACUGAUUAGAAGGUUCCCGGGGUUUCCUAAUUAAUGGCCCUUUCCAGUGAAUGUUGCAUCCCCAAAAUGUCAAACGCGUAACAAAGUGGAAAGAAAAACCACAACGCCCGUGUUUUGAGUUUAGUGAAAGCAUCAAGCAAGUGAAAUGAAAGUGUAAAAAACCGGGACACCAGGGACCGGUCACUGGCACCUAGCAGGAAUACUCGGUGAACGCCUAGUUUGUAGUGAAAUCCCGGUUCAGAUUUAACAAGAAACUCUGCUCUGGAGGUGGUUGUGUUAGGUGAUUUGUUUUCGGUUUGAUUUUUUCCCCAUUCCCAUUCUUCCCGUUGCCGUCCUGCGUGUUGCUUCUGAUGCUGUUGCAUAUGGUGCGUUUUUGUGGUUGGAGAUAACACGCAUAUCGAAAGUGCUACCGGGUCCGUGCGCUACGCUGGUGGAGUGUGCGUUUCCAUGAGCGGCAAUGGGACGAACGUACGCGGAAGGCGAGAUCGUUCCAGCAACCUGUACAAGACGACGGGCGGAGGCGACCCGCUGCGAAUAAUUCAAAACAAGCUGGAACUGUCACCUCGCAACUGGAAUAUGGCAUACAAUGGACUGUCGCAGCAUGUGGACUUCAGCAGGCUGCCGAACCCGAGCGAGCGGUUCGAGCUGCUGGACCUGAUCGGCGAGGGCACGUACGGCGAGGUCUACAGCGCGAAGGACAAACACACCGGGCGCAAGUAUGCGGUCAAGAUAUUGGAGAGCAUUGCCGAUAAUAUCGAGGAGAUCGAGGAGGAGUAUCUGGUGCUGCGCGAUCUCUCCAAGCAUCCCAACAUUCCCGACUUUGCCGGGCUGUUCCUGAAGCGCGGCACCACCGUCGAGGAUGACCAGCUGUGGUUCGUGCUGGAGCUAUGCACCGGCGGCUCCGUCACGGAUCUGGUUCAAGGUCUGCGCAGCCGGGGUGCACGGCUGUCGAACAACCAGAUCGCGUACAUACUGCGGGAGACGGUGCAGGCGCUGGUCUUCCUGCACGAGAACCACUGCAUGCAUCGGGACAUCAAGGGCCACAACAUACUGCUGACGGAGACGGGCCACGUGAAGCUGGUCGACUUUGGCGUGAGUUCGCAUCUGGCCGCGACGAUGGCGCGGCGAAACACGAGCGUCGGCACACCGUACUGGAUGGCGCCGGAGGUGAUCGCUUGCGAGCAGCAGCUGGAUCAAUCGUACGACUCGCGGUGCGACGUGUGGUCGGUGGGCAUUACGGCGAUCGAGCUGGCGGAGGGAGAUCCACCGCUGUGCGAGCUGCACCCGAUGCGAGCGCUGUUUCAGAUCCCACGCAAUCCACCCCCGAAGCUGUCCCAUCCGGAGCAGUACUCGUCGAUGCUGUCCGACUUCAUAUCGGAGUGUCUGGUGAAGGAUCUCGAGCAGCGUCCGUUUUCGAAGGAGUUGGUCACGCAUCCGUUUUUGAAGAGCGUCGGCCCGUAUGUGGACCAGAUACGGCAGGAGCUGCGGGCGGAGAUAGCGCGCCAGCGCGAGGAUGGUCGAGCGCCGAGCCAAGCGAUCGCCACCACCAAGUACGGGAAGUUGAAGUCGGACCGCAAAUCGAAACCGCAGAAGAUGUACAUGGACGAUCUGGCCGCGUUGGACGUGCUGACGGAGGAUGCGAUCGUUGAGCAGCUGCAGAAGCGCUACGAAACGAACCAGAUCUACACGUACAUAGGCGACAUACUGAUCGCGGUCAAUCCGUUCAGCCAGGUCGGGCUCUACACGACACAGCAUCAGCGCAAGUACACCGGGCAGGCACGGUCGGACAAUCCGCCGCACAUCUUUGCGAUCGCCGAUGCCGCCCAUCAGGCGCUGGUGCACCAGCGCCAGAACCAAGCGAUCGUGAUAUCGGGCGAGAGCGGGUCGGGCAAGACGGAGAGCGCCAACCUGCUGCUCAAGCAGCUCGUGUACCUGGGCAAAGCGGUGACGAAGAACCUGGAGGAGCGCAUUCUGCAGGUCAAUCCCAUCAUGGAAGCGUUCGGCAAUGCGCGAACGGGCAUUAACGCGAACAGCUCCCGGUUUGGGAAGUAUCUGGAGCUUACGAUGGCCCGCAGCGGCAAGGUGAAUGGGGCACGCAUCUUCGUCUACCUGCUGGAGCAGAGCCGGGUGGUGAAGCAGGCCGAGGGUGAGGGUAACUUCCACGUGUUUUACUACAUGUACGAUGGGCUGCAGGCGGAGGGUCGGCUGGAGGAGUACUAUCUGCAUCCUUCGUACCGGAAGACGCACCGAUAUCUGCAGGAGACGGCCACGCUGCCGAAAACGAACGUGGACCGGUGGAAGCAGCUGCUGGCGAGCUUCCGCGUGCUCGGCUUUAAGGACGACGAGGUCGAUAUGGUGAACCGGGUGCUGGCCGCCAUCCUGAACCUCGGCGACAUUGAGUUCGGCGAGAUGGACUCGAACGACAACACGGACAGCCGGGCCCGGGUGAUCGAUGUGGCGCCGAUGCAUCGCGUCUCGAAGCUGCUGGGCGUUGAUUCGGCCGACCUGCUGGAGGCGCUGUCCUCCAACUCGGUUGUGACGCGCGGUGAAACGAUCACGCGCCACAACAACGUGGCGGAAGCCUGCACGGCCCGGGACGCGAUGGCGAAGGGCUUGUACGGGCGAUUGUUUGAUUGGAUGGUCAAUCAGAUCAAUCUGCUGCUGGUGCACAACAGAAAUAGUAACAGCUCGGAACAGUUGGCGGUUGGAUUGUUGGAUAUUUUUGGGUUCGAAAACUUCAGCAAAAACUCCUUCGAGCAGCUGUGCAUCAAUAUCGCAAACGAGCAGAUACAGUACUAUUUCAACCAGCACAUCUUCACCUGGGAGCAACAGGAGUACAUGGCGGAAGGUAUACCGGUCGAUUUGGUCGAGUUUGCCGACAACCGUCCCGUGCUGGAUAUGCUGCUGAGCCGCCCGCUGGGACUGCUGGCACUGCUGGACGAGGAAUCACGCUUUCCGCGCUCAACGGAUCGUUCAUUGAUUGAAAAAUUCCACAACAACGUGAAGUCCAAGUUCUACCAGCGGCCAAAGUCGGAUGCGGUCUGCUUCGCCAUCCACCACUUUGCCGGCCGGGUGGUGUACCAGGCGGACGGGUUUCUGGAGAAGAAUCGCAACUUCCUGCCGGCGGAAAUCAUACAGCUGAUCCGCCAAAGCCAGUACGACAUGAUACGGUUCCUGUUCCAGUGUCCGAUCACGAAGACGGGCAACCUGUACUCGGCCAUCCAGGAUACGGGCUCGCGCCAGAACGUGCCGAGCUUCAUCAAGGUGGACACGAAGGAGAAGUUUAACUCGCGCGGGCUGGCGUCGCAGUCGCGGGCCCAGCAAACGGUGGCGACGUACUUCCGCUACUCGCUGAUGGAUUUGCUGCAGAAGAUGGUGACGGGGACGCCCCAGUUCAUACGCUGCAUCAAGCCGAACGAGCUGAAGGCGGCCAAAUCGUUCGAUGCGGCAAAGGUGUUGAAGCAGCUGCGGUAUACCGGGGUGCUGGAGACGAUCCGGAUUCGGCAGCAUGGGUUCAGCCAUCGGUUUACCUUUGCUGACUUCCUGAGAAAGUACUGCUUUUUGGCGUACAGUUUUGAAGAACGUGUCGUAUCGAACCGAGAAUCCUGUCGCUUGCUUUUGGUGCGCUUAAAAAUGGAUGGAUGGGCACUAGGAAAGUCCAAGGUGUUCCUCAAGUACUAUCACGUCGAGUACCUUUCGAAGCUGUACGAGGAACAUGUCCGUAAGAUUGUGCUGGUGCAGGCCUGUGUAAGACGCUGGCUGGCGAAGGCACUGUACAAGCGCGAGAAGCAGCGCGUCGCGCUGAGUGCCGUCACGCUGCAGAAGCACGUGCGCGGCUGGCUAACGCGCCGCCGCAUGCGUAUACUGAAGGAAAAGCAGGAGCGGGAGCGCUUGGAGCAGGAGCGGUUGGAAAAGGAGCGUUUGGCAAAGGAACGGUUGGCAAAGGAGAAAAAGAACAACGAGCAAAACAAAGCAAAGCAGGCGCUGGCAAAGGCGAAGCUCAUACACCAGCUGUCGAGCAACCAGCUGGAGGCGAAACACAACCACCACCACGAGAAGCGCGCCAUGGACAUGAACAACAAGGAAAACGAGCGGGCCGCCAUCGUCAUCCAGAGCUACUACCGCGGGUACACCAUCCGGAAGAUGCGCAUGACGCCGGAAAUCGAGGCGAAGACGAAGUACAUCCUCGGCAUCGCGAAGAACCGCGUCGAGGCGCAGCGCAUGAUGCAGAAGGAGGGCUUCGCGAAGGAGGACGCAGCUCGCAUCAUCCAGCGCUACUACCGCACGCAGAAGAGCAAACACAACAGCAACCGCGAUGCGAUGGCGGCAGCGGUAGGAGCGGCAUCGGCGGUGGCGGCGGCCGGCCGGAAGGGUCCGGCGCCGCAGCCGCAGCCGAAACCGCUCACCACCAAGGACCAGCAGAUGGAUCUGAUCGCGUUCUCGCAGAACGUGCACAUGCUCAACCAGGAGGUGCACAAGAACCUGCGCGUGAACAAGGCGGGCGUGCCGCUGGACGCGAUCGAGAAGCUGCCGAGCGACUACCGGCGGCCGCCUGGGUUCGUGCUCGUGCCGGGACUGCUUGGUACCGUGCCGGGCGGUGACUGUGCCAAGUACAGCUCGCUCCGCAGCGUCGACUGCGACCACGAGAUGACGAAGGAAGUGAUACAAAGAACGCCACCGCCCGCAGCGGACUUUGACGACAUCUCCCCGUGGGACAUGCCGUUCUACGAGGUGGAGCGCAACCUGCGCUCGCAAAGGCAGCGUAAUAUGCAGCAACCGCCGCAGCGCAUCGACAUCAACCGGAACGACAUCCUGGGCGACCGCAAGAUGGAGCUGAGCGACCGGAAGCUCUCGAGCAACUGGCACCAGGCGUUCCAGGGGACGGACGGCACGACGCCCCAGGACAAGUUUAAGGGUCUCGCAAGAUCGCCGCAAAAUCAAAACGAACCGGCCCACAUCCGUAGCAUUCCAGCGUUCAGCUAUCUCAAUCCGAACAAUCAACAGAUCCUGCGCUAUUCGCCGAACCAGCACCGCGACGCGUCCGGCGAGCCAACGCCACCCCACCCGAGCCCGGUUCGCCAGUCGCCGGUCGAGCAGCCGACACGGGAAGCAUCAACACCGCCCACUCGGCUCGGCCUGCUCGGGCUCGGUGGCGGCGGCGGCGCUGGCAAGAAGGCGGCGAAGGCAGAGCUGAAGGCACGCGAGAAAGAGAACAAAGAGCGCAAAAAGCGCGAAAAGAAGGCCAAGAAGGAGAAGGAAAAGGCGGCCGCUAAUGGGCUGACGGCGUCGUCGACCUCGUCAUCCGGCGGGUCGGCCGCCUCGUCCGGUGCGUCCUCGGGCGAGAAGCAGCGCAAGGAGCCGGCUGGAAGGAAGAAACGCUCCGAACAAAAGGAGCAACAGCAGCAGCAGCAGAUUGUGAGUCGGUUUGCGGGUGUGGACGACCAGUCGCUGCACGAAUACCACCAACAGUACCAGCAGCAACAGCAACAAGUACCUCAGAAGCGACUGAUAGAGCAUCACGAGUAUCAGAACAUUUCGGAGGAGACGAAAAUCGACAGCAAGAGCCCGGUGAUGCGGAUGUUUGGCGAUACGAACUUCCUGGUGAACCAUCGGCGCAAGGCGGCCGAGCAGAAGCAGCAGCUGGCCCAGCUCCAGCAGGUCCAGCAGUACCACAAGCAGCAGCAACAGCAGCAACAGAAAGCUCGUCAACAGCAGCAACAGCAGCAGCAGCAUCACCAUCAAGGUAACGGAGGACCUCCGGGUUGGCGUCAGCAGGAGCUGAACUGUGGCCAGGGCGUUUGCGAACUCCUUAACGGGGUCUAUCGGUUCAGCCCACAUGUCACCUCGUUCGCUCAGCUCGAUUCGAAGAGCGCCAGCAGCCUGUCGGACGACCGGUCCACACUGGACAAGGACUACCAGAACUUCAACGUGUCCAAGUACCUGAACAUCGACGUGAAGGGUCCGCUGCACCAUCAGCGCGACCGGGCCCGGGACAGCGGUGUGCACGAGCGGGACAUCAGCUCGAACAGCUCGAGCCUAAGCACGGGCAGCAGCGGCAUGAACUCGCUCAACUCGUUCGAUUCCGUCGAGCAGGCGAUCAUCUUCCAGAAGGACCGCAAUGCCGACUCGUACCUUGGGCCGUUCAACUUCCGCCAGCUGUUGCGGCCGACCCAGGGCCCGACCGAGUCGCUCCGCAAGCGCAAGGGCAUCAAUCCACCGUCGCCGCCACCACCGCAGAGGGGCAAAAGUUAGGCAGGGAUUGCAGGCCGCUCCCGAUUGGUCCGCCUGUAUGAUUGCCUAACAGUUAGCUUACGCGCAACAAAUGCAACGAACCAAAGAAACACGAGCCUUGUGCGAGGGGAAGCUCCCGGACAUCCGGCUGCCUCGUUACUUUAGGGCGGUAGUUAAGCAAAAGUGGCGCUCCCCUCCCUUUGACACGAAAGUUACACAAUGUGUUGCGCCUUGGAAGAAUCGAACGACAAAAAAAAGGCCGCAAAGCUCGAAUCGCGGGAAGUUUGCGGACAGAAGAAUGUUGGUGUUGGUUGAGCGUGUACACUUUUACCAUAGUUUAAAGAGCCGGGCUACCAGCCCUUAUUGGUCGGUGAAAAUGCAACAGUUUUGUUGAUGGUCGAGCCUUUGUGUGCCUGUCUCUCCCUCUAAUCUGCCCUCUAAUCUUUGUAAAAGGUAAUUUAUUUAUCGCACGGUUAGUUACCCUCUUCGUUACGGCGCGGCUUCUCCGAUUGGCCGUGUGUUUCACACAUUCACCAUUAUUUUUGUAAGCGAAUCCACCAGAAACAGGAUGUAAGUUUCCAAUUCGAGUGUAAGCAAAACUGUUUGAAAACAAUACACGCAAAGCGAAUUGCGUUGGCAAAAUUGUGCCAACAACACUGGGUAGUGAUGCAUCGCCGAAUAUAUAUAAAAAGAAAACGGCUUGGAAAGGAGGGACCGCAUUGCACUCGAUUGAGUAAAGAGCUUGAGCUGAGCUUGGUUAAUUUAGCAGAUAGUCGAUAACAGUACAAUUCAAUGAGGUAGAAGGGAGAUAAAUUUUCGGAUUAUAAAAGAAAGUCUGAAGAAGCGGAAAUAAAUAACGGAACGGCGGGUGUGCAAUGAACAGUAAUUCAAAGCGGUGUGAUGAUUGCGAUAGAAAUUAAUAACAAUGUAUUUAAGAAUCCAUUUCCGUGUUUUUUUUCCGUUCGGGAUGAGCAUGAAUUCAGUUUGAUGAAUUUGGGUUAGGAUGGAGUGGUAAGACGGUUUGAACUGUUAGUGCGUAGUUUUCUAGACAGUAGGUUUGGUUUUGAAAAUAAAGGCAAUAUUAACAAUUGUUAUUAAA